UAUGUACCACUCGAUGAAAUCAACUUAUUCCACUGGGUACUUUCUGCAGCACAGGUCAACGGGAGUGUGUCUCCUGCAGACACACAACUUGAAGCAUUUUAUUCGUUGACGGGACGUGAAAGACAAGCGCUGAUGAUCUGAUGGGGGAAGGAUGCAGCGUGGUGUAUUCCGGACAGUCUCAUCUCAAGCGCGGAUGAUGAGCGGGGAGUUCACCGUCAGACAUCGCCCGACAAUAGUCCUUAUUGCGCCAAAAUCCUCGUGUUCGCCGUGAAGGGCUGAUCAGGCUUGGAGGUGGGGACGACACUAAGCGUGUUGACUGCUAAGUGUGUGCUUUCGGAGUUAUGAUACUGGCGCAACCGAAAACCAUGUUAGGAUGAACGGGACCUCGGCACCUCGUGAAGAUGGCAUGAAGGGAACCCUAUCCCCACCCUUGGGAUACUUCAUAUUCCAAGCACUUUUCCUCUCCAUAAUCAUGAUCGUCACCAUCCUCGGGAAUGUGGCAGUAUGUUACGUCGUGUACCGCACCCGCAGCAUCACCACUGUGACCGGUAUGUGCAUCACCUCCUUGGCCCUGGCCGAUUUAUUCCGAGGCAUCCUCGUCCUUCCCUUUGUGGUCAUUGCCUCCAUUUUCGGCGGACGGUGGACCAUGGGGGACGCACUGUGCUCUCUGAGUGGGAUCGGCUACACACUGUUUGGUACGGCCAGCGUCAUGACGUUAGCCGCUGUGUCCAUCGACAGAUAUGUGGCCAUUCUAAAGCCGCUGAAGUACACAUCCAUUAUAACCUCCACGAGAGCCGCGCUCUUCAUCUGCUUGAUAUGGUUGGUAUCCAUCCUAAUGGCAUUACUACCGAUACUUGGUUGGUCCCGUUACAGUUUCAACCCAUGGAACGGCAUAUGCAUCGCCAACUGGAUGGAAUACAAACCUUACGCGUGUUUCUACCUUAGCGUGUCGUUUGUUUUGCCCUUCUCCGUCCUUACUUUCUGCUAUUACAAAAUUUUCAAAGUUGCCCGGCACCAGUCGAGACGUGUGAUGUCACUGGAGGUGACGUCAGUCGACGGACGGGGAUCCACUGGGCUUGGGGUGAAUUUAAGACAGAGACCUCGCAAGGCUAACAACCGACCCCGUCUGGUCAUGAGAAAAGAAAAGAAAGCAGCAAUGACCCUGUUUACUGUCAUGGGCGUGUUCAUACUCUGCGUGACACCUUACAAUGUCGUGCACCUUGCCUAUGCCUUUGCAGGCACAUUUAACCUCUUAGUAGCCCUUGGUGUCACCUCCAUGCUUUCGUUUGUUAACUCCGCGGCUAACCCUCUCAUCUACGGGAUCUUAAACCGAAAGUUUCGCCACGUGUUCCUGGAGGUGCUCAAAUGCCGCUAUUGCCCGCGCUGCUGCUGCGGAUCUAGCGGCGGACUCGACGGCUUUCAGCCCGAUGACAUCCCGUCGGAUUUGCCCACGGCCAGCGUGGGGCACAGACUCAAGCCGGUACCACGUGACAGCGGCUACAUCACCUCGUACACGCAGACUACGACUAGCACGCGCGGCUGCCGGCCCGACGUCUUCGCGGUGUCGGUAGCGUCAACCAGCAAUACGCUGGCUUCUUUGGGAGGCAACAUGAAGUCAAUAGGGAGGAUCGCCCAGGGCCAGCUUCCGAUGAUUGAAGACAUCUCAUCGGAUGACGAAGAGUUUGCCAGCCCCGGAAUCAUCAAGAAUGGUCGGAUGGUGCACCCUAAGAGCGGCCUUAGAGCCAGGUUUCUGGAUGUCGCCGAAGCACCUCAAUCGUCAGCAGACAAUUCCUCGGACCCACUCGACACUACUGUUCCUGGAACAAGCACGAGUAAAGACUCGGGCCAGAAAUCACCAGUGGAUGAUAAUGACUUCAGACUAAUCCUGUCCCCAUCCGCGCUCUGAUCCACAACACAAAUGGCAUUCGUCACUGUGGGCCCGCAGCUAUAACAAUCUGGCGGGAAACUCUCACCAUCCCCUGAUUGUUGUUCUUGAUUGAAGGAAAACAAGCAAGAACCCAUGUGUUGGAAUGAGGGGUCUCAUCAGAGAGGCGGGGCCACCGUUGUAUGAUUCAGGCUCGGAGGAAAGUAGGGGAAAUAUUUUGCUUUCAUUUUCUCUCUUGCUUCCAUUCAAAACAGGCAGUUUUGUCGUUAAACACGAUGGCGUGGCACACAGCAUCAUUGAUAGGAGUAAUUGGAACGGUGGUUCAUUCACAUACAUGUAUAUGCCUUUGAUAUAAUGAGGACCAUUAAUGUUCUUGGCCACGCUACAAGUGCAUGAAAAAUUCAAGCGUAUUUUCAACAUUUCUAAUUUAAGAAAUGUCACGACCAUACUGCGACAGUAAGGUUCAUAACUUCCACGUGCAAUACACUGGUCGCUGUGUGUCUCGUAAGACGACGACAUGGGAAAGUUCCAGUAACGGUCAUAGUGUCGACCAAUAUAGAUCUCUCUCACUGGACGCCAUCUUUGUAGGAAAAUUGCAACUGCGUCAACCUCGUUACCAUGGGUACGAUCUUGCCACGCCGUGUUGGUUCCCACCAUGCCUUGCGCGAUCUUAAGUGAUCUCAAGCGGUAGUAGAACGCGCACGCAGCCAAUGGAAUCGAGGUUGCAACUGCGUAUACAAAGCCACCAGGUGCAUUGAGUAAAAAGUAAAAAAAGGGAAGUUAAAAUGUCAAUGCACGUGGCAAUUUGUAGGAAGUGACGUUACAUGAGUGCCGAAGUGAAUACGUCAAUACAUGUGUAUAAGGCAUUAUCGUGGGAACAGUUCUCGGUUGUCUUUUACACACAUAGCCGACUUUCCCUGAUGUGUAAACCUUUGCACAAAAGAUAGGCCUAUCCCCAGGUUCCAGGCGAAAUUGACGUGUGGUUAUUCAAAUGGUCGUCUCUCGAAGCUGUCUGGAUUGAGCCUUAAGUACAACAUUGUACUGUAGUACAGGCCUAGUCAUAAUAAGCGCAGAAAUGAGCAGAAAUACUAUUUUAGUUGGCCAAACACAAAAUACAAAAUUUAAAUUUAAUGUUAUUUCUCCAAGGUCAAUUUUCUUAUCCUGUGAACAGACUGGAUUCUGUAAGAAGUCUCGCAGACCGAGGUGAAAUAAUUUAAGUUACGCUAAGCCCGCUUUUUUGCAAAACAGGAAACGUUACGCGGGCAAAAAUGUAGGUGUAUGUCCACAAGAAAGUCUCCGGUUUCUGGUCAGGAGCUGGCUCCAAAAGGCAAAAGGGGUGCGGCGACGAGGGUUUUUUUUUACCCUCACUUUUUGCUAGAAAUGAUGUAGGCUAAGAUAACGCGCGAUGCCCAUCGCGACUGCAUGCGCACGGUAACUCCGGUCGCUACCAACAUUAAAAUAGACUGGUCCCUGCAUUUUUUUUUUUUACUGUAUAAAAGCAUUUUCAGCUUGUACAUGUAUACAGGACAUAAGGCAACCUCGUUUGUCUGGUUCCCAUAUGUAACUGUAUAAUACAGAAAUGACGUCAUCUGAAAAGGAGUGCCCCGCUAAAUGUAUGGGGGAACUGCCAGGACUCCUUUACUGUACAUAUUACUCAACUGUACCCCAUCAAAAACACGUUAACAUUAUGCAGUAACAGGAUUCCGGUCGAUUAAGCAAGUUUGGCAGCUUUUGGACAUCGCUGACCCAAAACGGGAGUCUUUUUAGGGCCUAUGGUUCCUUUUGUUUUCCCAAGGUUUUUUCCCCCUUAACCUGGUUUACGUGGCGUGUUAAGUGACAGUUCUGUUUGUUUCUGCAUGGUCACACGGAACGACUGCAAAUCCCAUUUUGACCUCCUUACAUAUGAAUUUGGAAUAGACAGAGAUAUAGGAUAAAUUUUCACAUUAAACCAAGCAGUUUCACCUAAUCGCGACAAAAUCUAUAUGCACGCUGGGUGAUAUUCAAGGUAGUAACGGCUGUAUCGACAAGAGAGUAGCCCUUCAUAAAAUAGCCUGCGCAUGCCGUGCAAAGUUUGCAGCUUUCUUCUGUGGGCUGUGGCAAACAAAACCAAGUUUCAUUAUAACUGCCGGGUAGGCCUAUAUUGUGAAAGAUAUUGGUGUAAGGAAAGUGUACGUGGAAAAAGUUACAUCGAUCAAAACCAUCUUAUUGAGGGAAGAAUUUUCUGAAGACGCCAAUCUGCUUUCAUUGUGGUCAAAGGACAUUACAAACCAUCAUUUUCCGGAUAGUCUGCACGGCUUGGUAUGGUACGCUGAAUGCGUCUGUGUUUCUUAAAACUGAUGUCAAUAUAGUUAGGUGUGUGUGCAAAGAAACCUUCAUCAUAUUAAUAUUCCCGUGAGAUCCGAACAGAAACCUUGCACGCCCGUUUUGGUUCUGUGCACACAGUCAAGCGCACAAUGGUC